AUGCUCCUCCCUCUCCUCGCGCUCGCUGCAGCGCCAAUCACCCUUGCAUCGCCACUGUACGCUCGCCAGACUGGAGCGUACCCUCCCGCACUGCAGAAGGGUCCUACACCGAAGCAAGAAUGGGUCGCAACUUACAACGCUGCCAAAGCUGCCGGCAAGAUCCCCUCGUUCCCUGCUGCAACGCUUGUCGGCGGUAACCCGACGUAUCCGAGCGGUACCAACACGGGCGAGAACGGCGUCUGCUCGUGGACGGUCUCGCACUGCUUUGGCGACAACGACAUCUCUGAUGCGCCCGACGGCAUGUACGCCAUCGCCUUUGACGACGGCCCCCUCCCUUCGUCCGUCAAUCUCUACAACUUCCUCAAGCAGCAGAACCAGACUGCGACGCACUUCCUCAUCGGCACCAACAUCGUCAACAAUCCGGACGUCUUCAAGCUCGCGCUUUCGAUCGGCGGACACCUCGCCGUGCACACCUGGAGUCAUCCUUACAUGUCGACGCUGACGGACAUGCAAGUCCUCGGCGAGCUCGGCUGGACGGCCCAAGCGAUCUACGACCAGUCUGGCGGCCUCGUCCCGAAGUACUGGCGCCCUCCCUACGGCGACACGGACGACCGCCUCCGGGCGAUCGCAGAGGAAGUCUUCGGCCUCACGCUCGUCGCUUGGAACCGCGAUUCGAACGACUGGUGCCUCAACUCUGGUCCCGGAGCUUGCCGGAGUUACGGACCCCAGAGUCAAGCGGAUCUGGAGAGCGAGUUGAAGGGCUGGAUGGCGGGGAGUAAGAGUCCUGGACCUUGCGGGCUCGAGCAUGAGAGGGGGCCGGAGACGGUCGGCGCGUUCAUCAACACCUACCCGGGCAUCAAGCAGCACGGAUGGGACGCUCGCUGCAUCCCGGAUCUCUUCGACGCCGACUGGUACCAGAACGCCGCGCGCAACGGCACUCCCGUCCCCGUCCCCGCCGCCAGCGCCAUCGGCCACGGUCCCGUCUCGCUCGUCGUCUCCGCCUCGUCGUCAAGCGUCGCACUCAACUCGACUUCGGCUGCGUCAACCGCCACCGCGCCCGUCACUACCUCGCGCUUGUCGACCGCCUCCGCCGUAAUCUCCUCGACUUCUCCCUCUGCCGCCGCUCAGUCCGCCAAGUCCAAGGCAACCUCUGCCGCUCCGGCCGGCGCUUUGAUCGGCAGCAGCGUCGCCCUCAUCGCCGUCGUAUGCGGCGCAACCCUUCUUGCUUGA